AUUCCUAUAUUAAAUAUGCGUCAACAACAAAUACAUUCGCUAGUCUUACAUUUCUUAGUGAUUCUGCUGCAGCUAACUAGGAAUUUUGGUCAAAACAUUCCACCAAUAGCCUGUCCACAGAUCUUUCAAUAUCUAGCCCACGAACAGCAGUUUAUAGGACACAUUGCAAUUCCCCUCAAUCCAGAAGUAAGGAGUAAUUUACUUGAAGUCAAGUUUUCGCAGCGUGUUGCGCCGACUGGGGGAGAUUCCGGCUCAUUGACUAUUAUGGAUAAUGACAACACCAUAAGAUCGAGUUUAAAAAAUGGUCAUCCUCUAAACUAUCGUGUCGAUUUUCCCAAUCCCGGUAUUCUGCCCAAGCUGACUUGGAUAGCCAUCAAUGGUAUCGUCUUAUGUAGAGCUCCAACAUAUCCUCCAGACAGCUGGACUCUUGAACUAAAUAAUACAUUGAGUUCUGAGGUCACACCAUUGCAACGAGGACGACAACCAGUAAGACAACCACCAAGGCAACCAGAUUUCCAACCAGAGCUGGAAACAGAGCCACAGUUUGCACAAGUGCCUGCCAGGCGUCCCUUAGCACCUCGUCCCGCGGUGGAAGUACCAACAUUUACGGAACCAAGACCGUUGCCAAGACCAACUUCUAAUGCUGGUUUCAAUCCAGGCACCACCACUGGCAGCUCCACUGACUUGAAUAAUAUCUGUGGUCGCGAGGGGCCAACGAUCAGCCCAUUAAUUGCCUUUGGACGGAACUUAAAUGACCGUCAGAUGCCCUGGAUGGUGGCACUGUAUCAGCGUGAAUCGAAUUCUGUUGGUUUCUUGUGCGGUGGAACAUUAAUUUCGGCAAACACUGUGGUGUCAGCAGCACAUUGUUUCAGCUUUGGCAACAAUGUUGUGUCUGCCAGUCAAGUUGCCGUCUCCUUGGGCCGCAAGUCCCUGGACUUGUUGGCACCGGGACAGCGGCGACGGGUCACUAAUAUUCUUAUACACGAUCAUUAUUCGAGUGAUACUUGGACGGAUGCUGAUAUAGCCCUACUUAAAUUACAUAUGCCAGUUAGUUUCACUGAUACCAUAAAACCAAUUUGCCUAUGGAAUGAUAAUUAUCAACUCGAUUUACCUUCUGGUCAUACGUCCUAUGUGGCCGGUUGGGGGGCAGAUGAAAAGAGAAAUGUGAAUACGAAAAUUGCCAAAAUAGCGAAUGUCAAUAUCUUGACUAAUGAGCAGUGCAUUAAUGGUCUGAGAUUACCCGACAGCAAGGGCCGUGUCACCGCUAACACAAUUUGUGCGAGCAAUGAUAAAGGCGCUGGUCCAUGUAAAGGCGAUUCGGGUGGCGGACUUAUGCUAGAAGAGAACAAUGUCUGGGUGCUGCGUGGCAUUAUAUCAGCCGGUCAGGUUACGGGAAGUAUCUGCGAUCUAACUCAGCCUGUCAUCUAUACUGAUCUGGCGCGGCAUAUUACUUGGCUCCGAUCUAAUAUGUGGAUCUGAGUGUGUUCAAUUGUCGCUAUAUGCAGUGAAUGUGCCAAAACUAUAAUAAAUAUUAGACUAGUUUUUACAUAUGUAUAUACUAAGCUAAGCAUACAUGUAUUUGAAAUUGAAUGAUUGCUUUGCGGUAGUUUGC